AUGAAAUUAUUUUAUAUUAUUUUCGUUAUUAUGAAGAUUACAUAUUCUAAUGCUGAUUGUGGAUGUAAUGCAAAUCGCAUUAAAACAAGUACUAAAGAAGAUGUUUGCACAUCAUCAGAAACAAGUCAUUCAGAAACAUUAGAAUCGGAAUUUGAAUCUAUGAUUUUAAUCAAAGGACAGAAUUUUACAAUUGGUACUGACAAACCAGAAAUUGUAUCUGAUGGAGAAUCUCCAUCCCGUACUGUGUACUUAGAUGAUUAUUUUAUUGAUAAAUAUGAAGUAAGCAAUUUAGAGUUUAAAAAAUUUGUUGAAAUAAUGGGAUAUCAAACGGAAGCAGAGAUAUUCGGAGAUUCGUUUGUAUUUCAAUUAUUUCUCAGUAAAACUACAUUAAAAUCCAUAACACAAGCUGUCAAGGAUGCUCCCUGGUGGGUUCCAGUCAAAGGGGCUAAUUGGAAAAAUCCCGAGGGGAAAGAUUCUGAUAUAAGUGAUAGAGAAUUACAUCCUGUUGUACAUGUUAGCUGGAAUGAUGCCACAGCAUUUUGUAAUUGGGCUGGAAAAAGGUUACCAUCUGAAGCUGAAUGGGAAGCUGCUUGUAGAGGUGGUCUCAAAGAUAGACUCUAUCCUUGGGGAAAUAAGCUUCUUCCAAGUAAUAAGCAUAGAACAAAUAUUUGGCAAGGAGAAUUUCCUUUCAAAAACACUGCUGAAGAUGGUUGGGCAACUACGGCUCCAGUAAAUACGUUUCCAAAAAAUGGUUAUGGUCUUCAUAACAUGGUAGGAAAUGUAUGGGAAUGGACUAGUGAUUUUUGGAGUGUAGAUCAUGACCAAAGUUUUACUGUAAAUCCAGGUGGUCCUUCAGAAGGAAAAGAAAGAGUUAAAAAAGGUGGCUCAUACUUGUGUCACAAAGAGUAUUGUUAUCGUUAUCGGUGUGCUGCAAGAAGUCAAAAUACACCAGAUAGUUCUGCAUCAAAUCUUGGAUUUAGAUGUGCAAAGGAUAAAUAA